UAGCACAAACAUUGGCCGUAGGCCGUAUAACUUUUAAUAACGCACACUCGUUCAACGCCCUUUUUUGUUGUAUUAAUAUAGAUUAGGUAAAAAUACUUCCGAAAGACAGAUAACGGUUGAUUUCUAUUUCUCUAUUGCGUGUCAUUGUGGAGCGAAAACAAUAAAGGGGAAAGUCGAUAAGGUGGAUGCAAGAAAGGAAAGCGAGAACUACCAAAGGAGGGUAAUAACUGUGCUACUACCUAUAGUAGCUACUAAAUAAAAAUUAGGCACGUAAAUAACGAUCAAUAGAGCUUUAUACCAUAAUAACGGAGUAAGGACGAUUGUGAGCAGAAAGACUGCACAUUGUGUCAAAUCGUAGAACCAUGAGUGGGAUGGAAGACAAAUUAGAAGGGUAACAUCCCAUGUGCGUUUAGAAGGGGUAAGGGUAAGAGACUUAGGAAAGGGAUGGCUCGAGGAAGUGUUGAUAACUAGUAUAGUAUACGACAGCUAAAAGCACCAGGUUGUUAGUGGAAGGCCGACAAAGUGCACAGGAUGAUCUAUGACAAAGACUAAGCAGACCCAGUGCGAACUUCAGCAUGCUCUCAAAUGUGUACAGAAUUUCUAAUCAGCUGAACAGAAUUCGAGUGGAAGCGGUCGCUUGUUUGUCGUGACACACGGGAAAACACGGGAAUGUAUUAAGAUAUGUGGGAAUGAUGCGUGAAUCGGCGCCAAGCCCGCUUGACUGGUUUGGUGACCACCGUUGUGGUUGCAUGCGCACUACUAACAAUCGGUACAUCUGCUGCGGUGGGGUUUGCAACGCAAACGGAAGCUGGUUGACUUCAACAGGCUGCGUGCGCGUCACUGCUGCCAUCGUCUGCUUGGCUUCUGCUUCGAUAACGAUGACGAUGGUGCUCCAAUCAACUAAACAGGAUCUACAAGUUUACAAAAGGUGUUUGGUGUUGCUCGAAUGCUGCUGUGAUACUGCCAUUGCUGAUGGUAUUUCGAGUGGUCAAAGGCUACCUACACGCAGUUUUCAGUCACCGAAACAAGCAUGUUCCACAAAGAUGGAUUCUUACGGCGAAGACUACCAAUCCUCAUCAUAUGAGGAUGACGAGGAGUAUUUGCAGGCGCAAUUUAGCGCCGAAUAUGACUCCGUGGCCUCGGAGCGACUUCACGCGAUGAGCAAACCGGAGCUCGUGCACGAAUACCUGUUACUUGAAGCGCGAAUCGAUGAGCUCGAAGAGGAAUUAAAAGCCGUUAAGAAGGCUGAAGAAAGCGAUCAACCUAUGGAGGUGCAGGCAACAGAGGAAGAUAUUGCUAAGAUCACUGUCUUCCAGCAGGAGAUCUCAAAGCUACAAGCAGAAAAUCGUCGACUAAUCCAAGAAAACGAUCAUCUCAGGCAGCAAACUAUUUGAGAUGGACAUUUUUAAAGAUGUAUACAUACCAACGAGAAAACUGUUAAGCGGAUUUCGGCUCUGGGCUGAUAUAUAAUAGAAAACCGAUGAAGGCAGGCAGCACAGCAUUGUAACAGCAAUAGCAGUAAGGACACAAUAUUUUGAUCAUGAUAACAAAUAUCUUAUGUGAUUCUUGUACGAAUUUCUAUUUUGUUCAAGUGGUUAAUGAGCAUCGAGGAUUCAGCUUCAUCUUAUCAUGGGCAGCCGCUGCAACUUACUCGUUAUCAUAUAAGAAGCUAGGCGUGAACUAAUUAACAAUAUAUAUGCUACCGACCCUUUGUAACGAACAUCAAAAUCCAAGUGCCAAGCUUUUCAGAGUUUACAUAAAUAUAUAGUACGUAUAGUAAUACAAAGCAGAAAAGAAUGUCGUAUAUAAUCUCAUGUGCUGCCUGCAACCAUACAUUUAGAUCUAGAGAAUGCCACGACUACAGUGAGGACCUGUGCUGGACGCAUACAUGUGAAACAUCGACAAACUGAACGCCUAGGCACGUUCAGUUCGUUGUUGUCAGAUCUCAGAGCUGAUCCGAUGGAGAAUUACUAGCGAUUUGUCUGACUGACUGAGUUGUUCGAUUGACUGACAAAGUUAAUUGAUCGAUUGACCGUUUGCCGAACCGGCAGAAUAAUUGAUCGAUGUGACUGUCUUGACUAAGCGCUUGUUGAUUCGGUAUAAUGAACGACGAAAAUACGCGUCAAUGUUGCCAUUACUAAGCAAAUGCUGCAAAAUUUAUAAAUGAAUAUAUUGGAUGGGAUAGAGUAGAAUCACGAUGACUACGUGACCGAAAAAUCUAUGUAUAUAUUCAUUUUGCAUAUACAUUAAUCAUUCAAGUCUCGUGUAGGAGACGCCAUUUAACGGUCUAAAAUGCAGAUUUGGGCCGUUCACGUCUAAUUGGUUCAGCACGUCUGGUUGAUGUCUGAAACAUAGAAAAAAAAACUUACAACUGAUGUAUGCAGAAUCGAAAAAGAAAAAAUGACGAAGACCAUGUCCGAUGUAAGGCGUUACACCACAGAUGCCGACAAUGCAACAUGAACGAGACAAAGCAAAACGGAAAGCCAACGAGGACAACCUGAACGAAGGAACAAAGGGACAGCAUACGCUUCUGUGAUGAAAAUUAUUGUGAUCAAUAAAUCCUUUGUUAUUUUUAAUUAUUGUAUAUUUGA